AUGGAGAUGAGCUGCAGCAGCGAGUGCUUUGGAUGUGGCCGCUCAGGACACUGGAUCAAACAUUGCCCCAAUGUGUGCGGUAGCGGUUCACGAGGACGUGGACGAGGCAGGGGACGAUGCAAGGACAUGACCUGCUAUCGUUGUGGCGACCUAGGCCAUAUGGCGAGGGACUGUGACCAAACUGAAGAUGCAUGCUACAACUGCCAUAGGACUGGCCACAUUUCUCGUGAUUGCAAGGAGCCCAAAAAGGAGAGGGAGCAACUCUGCUACACUUGUGGCAAGUCCGGUCACAUGGCCCGGGACUGCGAUGCAAACGAGCAGAAAUGUUACUCCUGCGGCGGCUUUGGCCACAUCCAAAAGCUUUGUGACAAGGUGAAAUGUUACAGAUGUGGAGAGAUUGGUCACGUCGCAGUGCAUUGCACUAAAGCCAGCGAGACCAACUGCUACAAAUGUGGAAAGGCGGGCCACCUGGCAAAAGAGUGCACGUGCGAAGACACCGCAUAA